AUUAGCUGUUUGCUGCUGCUGUUUGGUUUGUGUUAGUUUCUAAUUUCAACUGAAACAAGGUGAGUGCUUUUUUGUCAUGGCUACUGCUGGGUUUUUCUCUUGUUCAGAGUGUGGCAUGUUUAGUUUAGACCCCUUCUCCACCGAUAGUCAUAAUAAUAGUGGUGUUUGUUCAAAGUGCAAGCUAGUUAACUGCCUGGUAGAGAAGGUGGACAAGUUAGAGCUGCGUAUCCGGGGUUUAAUAAGGGAUAGACAGCAAGGGUCACUGUUAGCAGCCCCGGGUACACCAGGGAGAGCUAGUACCCCCUCGACUCCGGCCUUAGAGCCCCCACAGCAGGGCGAAUGGGUAACGUCUCGGCGGCAUAGUCGAAAGGCUAAGGCUAAUGCUACUGCAAAGGCCACAGCCAGCCCACCUGUACACCAUGCUCCCCCAGUUCACGUGUCAAACAGGUUUGCCCCGCUCAGUGAAGCACCCGCUGAGGAGCCUGUUAAAGGUACUCUGGUGAUAGGAGAUUCUAUCGUCCGGCACGUGAAAUUAGCUACUCCUUUAGGGGCACCAGCGGCUAGAGUUAUCUGCUUACCGGGAGCCAGAGCACCGGACAUUAGUGGCAACCUUAGGCUGUUAGCAAAUAGGAGAUAUUCGAGGGUAGUUAUUCAUGUAGGGGCCAAUGAUAUUCGUCUGCGGCAGUCUGAAGUAACUAAGGCUAAUAUUAAAGAGGUGGUCAAACAGGCCCAGACGCUGUCCGAGGAGGUAAUCUGUUCUGGCCCCAUCCCAAUGAGGCGUGGCGAUGAAGCUUACAGCAGGCUUUCUUCGCUGAACCGCUGGAUGUCCAAGUGGUGUACGGACAAUCAUGUGGGCUUUAUAGACAACUGGCUAAUGUUUGAGGGCAAGCCUGGUCUUUUAGGUAGGGAUGGUGUCCACCCCACGCGGGAUGGUGCUGCCUUACUUUCGUGCAGCAUAAGCUCAACACCAGCAGAGCUCAACACCAGCAGAGCUCAACACCAGGCGAAGAUCAACACCAGCAGAGCUCAACACCAGCAGAGCUCAACACCAACAGAGCUCAACACCAGCAGAGCUCAACACCAACAGAGCUCAACACCAACGGAGCCCAACACCAACGGAGCCCAACACCAGCGGAGCUCAACACCAGCAGAGCUCAACACCAGCAGAGCCCAACACCAGGCGGAGCUCAAUACCAGUGGAGCCCAACACCAGGCGGAGCUCAAUACCAGUGGAGCCCAACACCAGGCGGAGCCCAACACCGGCGGAGCCCAACACCAGCGGAGCCCAACACCAGGCGGAGAUCAACACCAGCGGAGCUGA